AUGAAGAUACACCAAACAGGGUUCAUUGCCGCUUUCAGCUCUCCCAUACAGCUUUGUGUUUGUGUUUUAUUCAUACAGACAGCAUCUAUUCAAGCCAAACCUAGGAAGGAAAUCACUCUAACAAAUAAAGGCUUUGUGAGAUUAUCCCAGCAACCUGUGUCUGCUUUGCAAACCGUUACAGGACUACUUGAAAUAUUGCCCUAUGUUGGCAAUUGUUUUUGUACCCCCGACAAGGGUCUUAGCUUUAAACGUUAUAUGGAAAGUGAUUUACUGAUGUCUUUUUCUAACAGAUGUCUGGUUGAAAGUGUCAACAUUACUAGCGAUGUGCCCCAUAUUAAAGGGACGUUUGGGAAGUCGGCACUUCUGUCAGUUCAGUACAGCAGUUCUAGCUCUGAUAAGCCAGUAAUUAAAUGGCAAGUGAAAAGAGAGAAACCUUUAACUGUUGUCCAGUCUAUCGGGACGGAAAUAAUAGGAAAUUUACGCUCAGACUACAAAGAUCGAAUACAAAUCUUUGAAAACGGCUCUUUGCUGAUCAAUAACCUUUUGCUGUCAGAUGAGGGGACUUAUGAGGUUCAGGUCUCGAUCACUGAUGAUUCUUUUACUGGUGAGAAAACCAUCAACCUCACAGUGGACAUACCAAUUUCACGGCCUCGUGUCUCAGUUUCUUCAACCACUGUCUUGGAACUCAGUGAACAUUUUACGUUGAAUUGCUCCCAUGAACAUGGUACAAAACCAACAUACACUUGGCUGAAGGACAAAAAGCCAAUGAACAAUGAUUCAAGGAUACUUUUCUCACAGGAUCGUAAAACACUUACGAUAAGCAAAAUCCAGAUGUCAGAUGAUAAUAUCUACAGUUGUAUGGUCGAGAAUCCAAUUAGCAGCAGUCACAGUGGGCCUAUUAAACUUACAGUCUACAAAAGAAGUUCCCUUUAUAUAAUCCUUUCUACAGGAGGAAUAUUUCUUCUGGUUACCUUGGUAACAGUGUGCGCUUGCUGGAAACCAUCCAGGAAAGAAAAGCAUACGUUGGAGAAAAAUGGCUCAUCUGAAUACGGAGAUCAAGCCGACGAUCCUCUCAAAAAUGAAGUUGAAAUAAUCACAAGGACUAGCGAGCAUGAAUGUAAAAAUCCUGUCACCUUGUAUUUAUUAAAGGAUAAGGAUUCUCCUGAAGCAGAAGAGGACUCCCCAACUGAAUCCAGAACAUCUGAUCGGGGUUCACCGAGUUUUUCAGGUUCUUGUGCUCCAUCAGGCAUAUCUCCCGGUCCCCUCGUUCAGCCAACGCGUAGAUACAGCCGGUCACCUGCAAGGUUACCCCCAACCAAAAGGGAGCAAGUAUCUCCACCCAGGUCACCUGGGGUAUCUUCUAAAUCCCAAAAUACCACUCGCUCUCUUCGUAAAGCAGGAGUAAAUAUGAUUCAGAAGCAGGAUGAUGUUAAUGCAGUGGACACCAACACCUAAAGCCUGUAAUGAAUUUAAUGGUUGCCAGAUGUCCUCCUCCACAAAAUUACUGGACGUUCUCUAGGUGUCUGGGAACAAUGGUGGUUGGAAGUCACAUAAUGCCCCCCAAAAGCUCCCACUCUUUAUCCAACCAUGUAUAUUUUGUCACAACUGAGCAGUCAUUUUGUCCCUCAGCUGCCAGUUACAUACAAAUCAAUAAUUGUACCUGUUUAGUUGCCAGUAACACAUGUAAACAGUAGUGCUUUGACCCUCUUGUCUGCCACUUACUUCUUUUUGCUCCAUAUUUGUACUGCAUUGAGACAUAGGGGGUCUUUUACAUUUAGUUAAGACUCAGGAACUUCCCUAGUGAUGUGAUGGGUAUUUUAGCUAUAAGCCUAUCACAUGCGCAUUAUGACUUCUACCACAUGGCACUGAAGUUUUACUACCAAGGUAGAGCUUGUAGGAAAUAUGUAAAUUGUAAAGAACGCAAUAAACAACAACAAAACAACUGCAUGUACAGAUAAAGCAUUAAAAUGUAUUCAAUUUGUAUUUUUUUAAUCUCACAAAACUUAUAAUUCA